CGCUAGCACGAUGCUCUAAGAUAGCUUAAUCUCACGUAUUUGUUCCCUACAGGACAAGGAGGAGGCUCAAAGGAGUAUGUAAGGCCGUCGUAUUGGCUCCGUCGUGUCUUCCUAGCUCCAGCCGGGGGUUGGUUCGCUUUCUUCUUUAUGCGCCGUAAUUUCUCUUUCUCUCUUUCGCGCUCUUUGUCCUCGUCGUCGUCGUCACCAUCGUGAGCGGUUUUCGCUCUUUGUUCUUGUCGUCGCGUGAUCGUGAAUCACACUUGUGAGAGAGACAAAGAACAGCGACCCCCAACUUUCAGUUCAGCAGCAAUAUGCUUCUCCACGAAAAGCAAGACUCCUUCUCGCCGCUGAGGCAGAUCCUGGGCCAUGUCUCGCAGCGCCGCUACCGAAACUACGCCGCCGUCGGCAUCGCCCUGGUGCUGCUCUCCAUGGUCUGGCUGAGCGGCAGCCUGACGCUUCACUCGAGCAGGCAAAAGUUCCACGACGACUACGUUAGCAACCGCGUGCCCGAAUGGACCAGCAGGGUCAGCAAGUCCAACGAUAGCCACCUGAUUCCCGCCAAUAUCUGGCAGAUCGUCUUGCCCAAGACUCAGCCGUUUAUGGGCGAUCCGAAUCACGUUCAUAUAGACGCCAGACAGCUUGAAUUUACCGCUUCUUGGCUAGCCACAAACCCAGACUGGCAAUACACUCUGGUUGGCCAGAAGGGUGGUAACGAGUUCGUCGAGAGCCACUUCAAAACCAACCCCAAGAUCAUCGAGACCUACCACAACAUCAGCAACGUGGGCCAAAAGUCGGAUUUCCUGCGAUACCUUCUCCUCAGCGUCUACGGCGGCGUCUACACAGACACUGACACCGUCGCCCUCAAGCCCAUCGACGUCUGGGUCCCGAAAGCCUUCCGGGAUAAAGCCCGCCUUGUAGUGGGGAUUGAGUUCGAUCGCCGUGACGGCGGCCCGUGGGCCGACAUCCCCCACUGGCUCCAGUUCUGCCAGUGGACCAUUGCUGCUGCUCCCGGCCAUCCUGUCUUUACUAGGAUGGUGAACCGUGUGCUGAAGUCUCUUGACGACUUGUCGGAUCUUCACGGGGUGCCUAUUAGCCAGCUCCAGCCCGAGAGCUUCGAGGUCAUGAACUCGACGGGUCCGGCGGCCUGGACCGACAUGGUCUUUGAGCAGUUGCAAGUGUAUAACCCUCUUCUCAACGAUACACAGGAUCUGUCUUUUAUGGAAGAGCCCACCCUCAUCGGCGACAUUUUGAUCCUGCCCAUUGACGGCUUCGGCAUGGGCCAGGAUCACUCAAAAAGCACAAACGACGGAAGCAUUCCCCCGACGGCCAUGAUGAGACAUAUGUUCCAGGGAUCAUGGAGAGGAGACUAAAUGUGCUGGGAUGUGUUCCUUUUGUAUGAAUAAUGGGAUUGUACUUUUUUUUUUAUGAGGAAGCGUUUUUGGCUAUGGACAUGAUAUACGUUACAAAGCAUCUUGUGUCGAACGGGCUUUGUUUAUGAGUUUUGGCACUUUUGGGUUAUACGGCCUCUGGGGCGAUUUUGUAUUGCCUUUU